AUGGGAGCCGUGUGCUAUAUACUGGCCGAGUAUUGGCGGGAGUACGACGAGAAUCGGUCCGAGUGCGCCAGACUCGUUCACGACGCCGACAAACUGCAGCGCCUAGACCGGGCGUUCCAAUACGCACGUCGUUAUCCUACGCUCGACCUGUCCGACUUUAAGCGUGACUUGGAACGCGGUCCGGGCGUUGGAAAGAGCACACAAUGUAGCAUGGCGGCGGCUGGCCUUGGAGCUGCCCACGUGUCUGUGGGCGAGCUGUUGCGGCGCGAACAAGCACGACCACGCUCGCGCUUUCGAGACUUCAUCACCCAGAGCUUUGACAUGUCUAUCCCAGUGCCUCUGAUAUUGAUUGUCGACCUACUGCAAAAAGCCAUUCAGCAUACGUCAUGCGCCAUCAUUAUCCUUGACGGCUUUCCUUUGACAAGAGAGCAGCUUAGGUUUUUUGAGAAACAGGUAUCCACCAAGUACGGAUCCAUCUUCGUACACGCGAGCAGCGAGACGUUGCUAGAGCGCUUAAGUGGGAGAGCCGAGUCUUCGGGACGGGCGGACGAUGACCUUGGUAAAAUUAGCAAGAGAAUCGAGGCUUUUGCCACAAGACCUAACCCGGUGAUAGACUAUAUGCGAGAUGGGCAACAGCUUUUCUUCUCACUCAACGGCGAGGCUAAGAUGGACGAGUUGCAGGCCCAAUUCGUCAAGUCCGCAUCUCGGACGCUAUGUCAACAACACAGCGGGGUGUCCAACUGGAACAAGUCGAGCUCGAUAGGAACGAGGCAAGUACGGGGCAUCGACAUCAUUGCCAUCCACAGGCUUGAUGCGAAUUCGCGAGACACAUGGACGUGGAAGGACCGCGGAGACCCUGAGAACAAAGACAAGUCGGUCAACUGGCUUCGCGAUUCGGACAUGCUCCCGAGCAUUAAAGGACGGGCUUCGCGAUUCGGACAUGCUCCCGAGCAUUAA